CAGGAAGGACUUGGCUUUGGCUAGCCGGAGAGUUAGCAGAGCGAGGGAUAAAGAAACAAAUUCAACAGUAAAUAGACUGAUUUGAAAUGGCCGGAACAGCUUCGGUAGCUGGUGAAGUGUUUGUCGAUGCCUUACCAUAUUUCGACCAAGGUUACGAUGCAGCCGGUGUCAGAGAAGCGGCUGCAGCUCUUGUUGAAGAGGAGACCAGAAGGUAUCGACCUACGAAGAACUACCUGAGCUACCUGCCCACUCCUGACUUCUCUACUUUUGAGACAGAAAUUAUGAGGAAUGAGUUUGAGCGGUUGGCAGCUCGGCAGCCCAUGGAUCUCCUGAGUAUGAAGAGAUAUGAGCUGCCAGCGCCCUCAUCAGGACAGAAGAACGACAUCACUGCCUGGCAGGAGUGUGUGAACAACUCCAUGGCCCAGCUGGAGCAUCAGGCAGUCCGAAUUGAAAACCUGGAGCUCAUGUCGCAAUAUGGAACCAAUGCGUGGAAAGUCUACAACGAUAACUUAGCCUUCAUGAUUGAGAUGGCACAAAAGGAACUUCACAAAUUCAGAAAGCAAAUUCAAGAUUUGAACUGGCAGCGUAAGAAUGAUCAGCUGGCAGCAGGAUCCAAACUGCGAGAGCUGGAGUCUAACUGGGUGUCUCUGGUAAGUAAGAACUAUGAGAUAGAACGGGCUAUCGUCCAGCUGGAAAACGAAGUCACUCAGCUCAGACAACAGCAGGGGGACGAGAACAAAGAGAACAUCCGACAAGACUUCUAGAGCAGCAGCUUCCACAUCACAGCACUGGUCCUCAAACUGAAGCAGCCCAAGAAGGCAAACUUCCCUGUAUGGAGAACAUUUAAUGAUAUCAUGCAGUGACAGAAGGAGUUGCCCUUGAACCUCAGGUAUCAACGCACAUUUUUACCAGACUUUAUACCGACUGUAAAGGCAGUGGUGGAAUAUAGUGUUUCUCUGUGAACCUUUUCACAGACUAUGUAGAUUUUGCGCCAGUAUAGAACACAUUCAUUACACUUAAGUCAGGCCAAGGGGUUUACUGCUGUAGACUCCAGUCUGAUGACUGGUAGCUUGUUUGGUUAUGCUAACUUAUGUUAGCGACUUUCUACGGAUUUUGCAGUGUCCUUGACAUUAUUGAGUCAGUCUGCUCUCUUCAAGGUUCUGUCCCUCUCCUGCCACUGCUAUUCCAGCAUUAGCUUUGAACAUCAUUCCAUAAAUGCUUCAGUAUCUUGUUCAAAGUUUCACAGUCUUGGUUUAAAAUGUAGUGAACACACCUGUAAGUUAGUCUUUAAAGUUGCCUUCCAACAGAGGACUGUGUAUGAAUAAGUGUACAUAUUGUAGUUUGUCAAGUCUGUUGAGGACGAUGAUCUUUGUAAACCCGACCUUGUGAUUUGCUACACUUUUAAUAAAAACUUUUCUUGCA